AUGAAGGAUACUUACGCUACUCUGGAGCAUUUAGAGAAUUUCAGGAAAGAGUUCCAGGAUACAAAAUUCUCCCCUUCAGUUUUCUCCAGUAGUAGGCUCAAUAUAAAGAGUGGGCGGACUAUUGAUAGUGAUCCUAUCGAUUUAUCGGAUAGUCACCUCAUGCAAAAUAUCGAAGAUCAUAAAUCCAGUCGCACGGGCUUUGGGGAAUCCUUUCAAACCGAAGAACAGCUGAAUCAUUUUAAUAUUUCUUUUGCGGGGGUAGUUGCAGAAUCAGAUAAAAGUAAAAAUAUGUCGUCUAGAUCUGUGGGCUCGUCCGAUGCACCGUUAAAUCUGACAUCAUUGCGAUCUACUGAUAAGGAAACAAGUGAACAGCUGUGCGUAUCGGUCAAUAAACAUAAACAAGCGGCGGCCAUUGCGACAUUGACUUUACAGGAGCAAAAUGAAAAUAUAACAGGCAACGAAUGGAAACUUGUACAAUACAAGUCAAAACCUAAAAACCGUUUUCUCAAGGCCGUUUACCGUUUUGGUAACGUGAAGCUCGAAAUGGGGACUGUACCGACUGAAAUAUACGUGAUCAGUCUCAUCAUUCGUCAUCCAAAAUUGGCUAAUUAUUAUUCGCACAGCAGCCUCCAGUUAUAUGGUAAUCCACCGGGAGUUCCCUGA